UGCCUCCGGUUCCUUAUGACGUCACAGAGCGAGGCUUCUGGAAGCCCCCGGGUGGUGUGUGGCAGCUUGAGUUCUGACACUGCAUUUCUGUGUGGUUGUCGGUCCCUAUCCGCACCGUUCUUAGACUGGGUCUCAUCCUUGAGACAGUCAUCCUGUCUCAGCCUCCGUGAGAGGAGAGGCCUGAGGACCUCACUUGAUGGCGGCUCACGACUGGAAUACACUGCAGCCCCGUUCACUUUUGUGACGCCGGGGUGGAAGGAGCCUUAUGUAGCUUCACAAGAGCUGGAAGUCCCGCAUUCUUUCCCCGGGAUCUGCUUGACAGGCCCCCCCUCAGGAUGGGGUGGGAGAUCCACUGCCUCCUGGGGAGCUUUGGACGUGGACCGGAUGGUUCUCUACAAAAUGAAGAAAUCUGUGAAGGCAAUCAAUAUUUCUGGGCUGGCGCACGUGGAGAAUGAGGAGCAGUACACCCAGGCUCUGGAGAAGUUCGGGGGCAACUGUGUCUGCAGGGAUGACCCAGACUUAGGAAGUGCCUUUCUGAAGUUCUCUGUGUUCACCAAGGAGUUGACGGCGCUCUUCAAAAACCUGAUUCAGAACAUGAACAACAUCAUCUCCUUCCCUUUGGACAGUUUGCUGAAAGGAGACCUGAAAGGCGUGAAAGGGGAUCUGAAAAAGCCCUUUGAUAAAGCUUGGAAGGACUACGAGACCAAAAUAACCAAAAUAGAGAAGGAGAAAAAGGAGCAUGCCAAGCUCCAUGGGAUGAUCCGGACUGAAAUUAGCGGGGCUGAGAUCGCGGAGGAAAUGGAAAAGGAGAGACGGUUCUUCCAGCUGCAGAUGUGUGAGUAUCUCCUGAAGGUGAACGAAAUCAAGGUGAAAAAGGGGGUGGACUUGCUUCAGAACCUGAUCAAGUAUUUCCACGCCCAGUGCAAUUUCUUCCAGGAUGGCCUGAAAGCCGUCGAAAGCCUCAAGCCCUCCAUUGAAACGCUCUCCACGGAUCUCCACACGAUCAAACAAGCCCAGGACGAGGAACGGCGGCAGCUGAUGCAGCUUCGGGAUAUUCUGAAGUCAGCGUUACAGGUCGAACAGAAAGAGUCUAGGAGAGACUCACAACUUCGCCAAAGUACAGCGUACAGCUUACACCAACCUCAGGGAAACAAGGAGCACGGCACGGAGCGGAACGGGAACCUGUACAAGAAGAGCGACGGGAUCAGAAAAGUGUGGCAGAAGAGGAAGUGUUCGGUUAAAAAUGGCUUCCUGACCAUAUCCCACGGCACCGCCAACCGGCCACCGGCCAAACUCAACCUGCUGACCUGCCAGGUGAAAACCAACCCCGAGGAGAAGAAGUGUUUCGACCUCAUCUCACACGACAGGACGUACCACUUCCAGGCCGAGGACGAGCAGGAAUGUCAGAUAUGGAUGUCUGUGCUGCAGAACAGCAAGGAAGAGGCUCUGAACAACGCGUUUAAGGGCGACGACGCCACGGGAGAGAACAACAUCGUCCAAGAGCUGACCAAAGAGAUCAUCUCGGAGGUGCAGAGGAUGACGGGCAAUGACGUGUGCUGCGACUGUGGGGCACCAGAUCCGACGUGGCUCUCCACCAACCUGGGCAUCCUGACUUGCAUCGAGUGCUCUGGAAUCCACCGGGAGCUGGGGGUUCAUUACUCCAGGAUGCAGUCCUUGACCUUAGACGUCUUGGGAACAUCUGAGCUUCUGCUUGCCAAGAACAUCGGGAAUGCAGGCUUUAAUGAGAUCAUGGAGUGUUGCCUCCCACCCGAGGACUCGGUCAAACCCCACCCAGGCAGCGACAUGAUCGCAAGGAAGGACUACAUCACGGCCAAGUACAUCGAGAGGAGAUACGCAAGGAAAAAGCACGCAGACGUCUCGGCGAAGCUCCACAGCCUCUGCGAGGCCGUCAAGACCAGAGACAUUUUUGGGUUACUCCAAGCUUAUGCUGAUGGUGUGGACCUGACAGAAAAAAUCCCACUGGCUAACGGGCAUGAGCCAGAUGAGACGGCCCUCCAUCUUGCAGUCAGAUCUGUGGACCGGACUUCCCUUCACAUUGUGGACUUCCUGGUCCAGAACAGCGGGAACCUGGAUAAACAGACGGGCAAGGGCAGCACAGCCCUGCAUUACUGCUGCCUGACGGACAACGCCGAGUGCCUCAAGCUCCUCCUGCGAGGGAAGGCCUCCAUCGAGAUAGCCAAUGAGUCAGGAGAGACGCCGCUGGACAUCGCCAAGAGACUCAAGCAUGAGCACUGUGAGGAACUGCUGACUCAGGCCUUGUCGGGAAGGUUUAACUCCCACGUUCACGUGGAGUAUGAAUGGCGACUGUUGCACGAAGACCUGGAUGAAAGCGACGACGACGUGGACGAGAAGCUUCAGCCCAGUCCUAACCGGCGCGAGGACCGGCCCGUCAGUUUCUACCAGCUGGGGUCCAGCCAGUUUCAGCCCAAUGCCGUGUCUUUGGCCAGAGACAUCGCAAACCUCACCAAGGACAAGCAGAGGGGCUUCGGGCCCAGCCUCUUACAGAAUGAGACCUACGGAGCCAUCCUGAGUGGCAGCCCGCCCUCCUCCCAGUCCUUACCCCCCAGCACCACCAGCGCACCCCCACUCCCGCCUCGGAACGUUGGUGGCAAAGUUCAGACAGCCACCUCGGCUAACCCUCUGUGGAAGACAGACUCUGUAGGUGUGAACGGUGUCAGCAGGCAGCGAUCUUCGUCAGACCUGCCAGCUGCCCACCCACCGCCGCCCCCUCUGCGCGUGACAUCGACCAAUUCCCUGACCACCACACCACCCCCUCCUGUGGCUAAGACAUCAGGCGCACUAGAAGGCGUCAGCCAGCCAAGCAAGCCCACCCAACCCGGGGCCUCCCAGAGCAAGCCCCCACCCCUGCCGCCCCAGCCACCCAGCCGCCUGCCUCAGAAGAAGCCAUCUUCCGGGACUGACAAGCCGACCCCACUGGUCAACAAAGGCCAGCCAAGAGGACCUGAAGCUCCGGGUCCUCUGUCCAACGCCAUGGCCCUGCAGCCCCCGGCACCCAUGCCGAGGAAGUCACAGGCGACCAAGUGCAAGCCCAAGCGAGUGAAAGCGCUUUACAACUGCGUGGCGGACAACCCGGAUGAGCUGACCUUCUCCGAGGGGGACGUGAUCAUCGUGGAUGGGGAAGAAGAUCAGGAGUGGUGGAUCGGCCACAUCGACGGAGACCCCAGCCGCAAGGGAGCCUUUCCCGUAUCGUUUGUGCACUUUAUUGCUGACUAGAUUGCUACUGAACAGAAGCAGAAGCCUUCCUUGAACCGUUCCGUUCCGUUCUUGGUACCAAGACUAGCUACACAGCCAGUCUCGCGGAUCCAGCCCAUCCUCUCCCCGUUCUGUUCCGAAAACUCAAAGGCAGUUUUUAUAUGUAAGCCGAUUCUUUUUAUAGGUUGUGUUUUCCACGCCACAUUGCCAUACUUUUACUAGGAAAAGCAGAAUUUCCUAAAAGGGGGAGGGGGGACAACCAAAUGCUCUUUUAACUCUAGACCCAGGAUCCUGCGUUUUCAGGAGUAGCUGAGCCUAAAAAAAAAAUGCUUAAAUGAAUUUGGGGGAUUCUUACCGCUUUCCUUAACCCGGUUCUGACGUCGGUUCACUUUAGCACAGUCAUUUUAGCAGGCCAGUACCAUGCUGCUCCAGUCUGUGGCCGUACCCUGAACUUUAUCCACAAAUGCCAUCCACCCAUUCACCUUGAAAGACAUAUAUUCCUUUGAAAACCCAGCCAGUGUGUCUGUUUAAAGCAACUUGGCAAUUUACAUGUUAGCCGUGCACUUUUCUAGCCCCAGCCUACGAGGUGGCAGCUGCCAUGAUCUCCUGCAUGUACGUGCGACCCGUUGUUGUGAGCCGUCAGUCAUACGUGGCGCGCCGCUGAUGGGUUAUUACGACACAGCGAUUAGCCGUCUGUUCUGCACAGGUGUUCUUAGACUGCACUUCCUGAAUUUGGUAGAAAACUAAGGAUGAUGGAUUGCAAAGCAGUCCUUUACACUAGCUCGUCUGGUGUUCUAGGUGUUUUAGGAUUUACCUCCUUCAGCAUCCCCCCCGCCACGCAGAAAGCAACCGUAUACAAGUAGGGCACGUGGUGGUGCAGACCAUGGUAAGCAGCACAUUCCUCGCCGUGUCCUGGCGUGCGCCACCGCCUUCCCCUCCCAGCUCCCUUGGACACCUGCUUAGCUUCCCGUCUCGUCUCUCAUAGGAUUCUCCGAAAGGAACGGUAGCUACACUGUCUUGAAAUUUAGCCUGUCCAGUUGUUCGUAUUCGAGAGCAUAUCAGAAACCUGUAGAUCCGGGGGAGCCCAGUACCCCCCAAACAUCCCAGUUACACUAUGUAAGGCCAUCACGUAACGUUUAAACUUGCAAUAUGCGGGGUGGGGGAGGGGGACUAGGUUGUAUAUGAUAAAAAUCAGAACUCAUUAGUUUCAUGAACUUGACUGUCAUAUCUCUAUUUGGUAACUGUAAGCAUAAACGUCAUGUUAGGGAUAUGGGCGAUUCUGGCACUCUCUCGGAGUCAAGAGGCAAGCAUGGGUGUGAGCAAAAGGAACAGGCCGAAGUGUGGGCUUGACUUGUUAGGCGGUGACGCCGUCGGGGUGGCACACUUGAUUGAGGCGGCGCCGUCCUGACUCCCUUUGUGCAAGGCUCUGACGAGCACGGACCUUCCUGUCUUUGUUUCAAAGAGAGCAGGACAAACUGGAAUGUUUUAGGAUGCCAUACAGUGAUGGCCUCCUGUCUUUCAGAUUCUGGGUAAAAACAUGGUAGAUCUGUAAUUAAAGUCAGUCUCUCUCUCUCUCUCUCUCUCUCUCUCUCUCUCUCUAACACUACUUGUUCAUUUCUAACGUUUGAGCCCUCCUCCUAGUCACUUUUCUCAUAGACUUCAGAGCGUGAACAGAUGCAUUUUGCACAUUGCACUUCCCAAUACCUCUCUGACAGCAACAACCCCCCCCACACACACACACACACACACACAUCUGUAUCAUCAGUCUUUGGUGACCUGGUGCCAGCUCUCUGAGGAAUCAAGUUGAUUUAUGUCAACAUUUUAACUCCGGUUCCAAGCUAACCUGUCGGGUUCGCCGGUACUUAAACGCCUAGGAAACCUUUUUCCACUCUCUGGUGGUGCUAUUGGGCGGUAGCGGAUAGUGCUUUCUACCCGAAGAGAAAUCCUAUUGACUUCCCUCCGAAUUAUCCUUCCUUAGUUAUUUGCUCUUUGCAAAUAGAGAAGAAAAAGUAACUGAAAGGAAAACACUGUAGAUAUCUAUUUAUAUUUAAAGUUUACAUUUCACAAGUGUCAGCUGUGGAAUUCGGGCUUCUUUUUUAUUUUAUUUUAUUUUUUUGCCACUUUCCAUCAGGUCUGACUUGGAGGGAAAAUGACUCAGAAAUAUGGUGCACAGAUUAGUGUGAUCUGUUGAGGGUGGAGCAUGACCUGCAGCCGAGAAUGCUAUUUUGAGAUGUAUGAUAUUCAAUUCAUUCACUUGAUUACUCUGGUCUUGUUGCAGUGCAACUGUAUAUACUGUAUAACCUAAACGGAUUAUUUUCAUUGUCCUUAAUGCCGUGAUUUAUAACUAGAGCAUGUUUAAUAAAUUGACUUCCUGUUAACCAGUCAUUUGACUGGAAAAAAAAUAAAGUACUUUUAAAUGGA